AUGUCUUUCAACGUAGCAAAUGACUCUAAUACCACCUCUUCAGCACACUCAAAUCUGGUGGCAAUGUUGGAAAAUGCUGCCCUUUCAUGUGGUGAUAAUCUUCUGUAUCGCUUCUUGGACUUCUCACAAGGAAAGGACUUGAUUCCAAGCCGCAUUCAUGAAAUCUCGUACAAACAAUUUCACAUUCAUGUCAAAUCACUCGCUGCUCUCAUUCAAACACAAUCAAACGUAGGAGAUCGAGCCCUUUUAAUCUAUGAACCAGGAUUAGGGUUUAUCACAUCUUUCAUGGCAUGCAUUUACGCUGGAGUGCUGGCGGUUCCUGUCUAUCCCCCCAAACGAAUGGAGGAAUUUGGAAAACUGGAGAAGAUCCUUUCAGAUUCGCAACCGAAUCUUUUUCUUUUAUCAAAGCAAGUGCAUGAUCAUUUCGAACAACAAGGUAUCAACAAGUACUUUAAAAAGUCUUCAUCAUCGUCCACAUCGACAUCACAAAACUCGAGUUGUCCGACCAAAAAGGAAAUGGACAUGGCGCUUCAGCAACAGUUAGAAAUUUGUCAUGAAGCCUUUGAAGGUUUCAACGUAUUGGUGACCGAUGCCUUAAAGUUCUCAGAAAGCAACAACCUCAUGGCUUUCUGGAAGCAACCAGAAAAUCUUUCAACAGAGAGUUUGGCUUUUCUUCAAUACACGUCUGGUUCGACAAGCGACCCCAAAGGCGUCAUGCUUACUCAUGGCAAUCUUCUUCAUAAUUCGCAUGUUAUUGAAAAAUCUUUUGGACACACCAACAAGAGUCAUGGAAUGAUAUGGCUCCCUCCUUACCACGACAUGGGCCUCAUUGGUGGUUUACUGCAAGUCAUUUACGCUCAAUUUUCUUGUACAUUGAUGUCACCAUUUGCGUUCAUUGAAUGUCCUUUGCGUUGGUUAUUGGCAGUCAGUCAAUAUAGCGCAACAACAUGCGGAGGACCAAACUUUGCAUAUCAACUCUGUGUAAAAUAUUUCCUUGAAAACAAGGAUCACCUAUUAAUGGAUGAGAAUAGUCGACAGUUGUUGGCUUCUGUAAAUUUGAGUAGUUGGGAUGUAGCUUUUGUAGGUGCAGAACCUAUUCGUGAGGAAACUCUCGAACGAUUUUAUCAAGUCUUCAGAGAGUACGGAUUCAAGAAGGAAUCGUUUUAUCCAUGUUAUGGUUUGGCUGAGAGCACUCUGUUUGUUUCAGGAGUGGAAAAAGGAAAAGGGUUCGAUUGUGUGACACGUCAACAGAUGGCAACAACUCUUUCGAAAAGUCAACAACACUCUUCAUCGUCUGAUGAUGAAAGGAAAAAGCUUUCACAAAAAUUUGUAAAUUGUGGCAAGAGUGAUGGUACUGCUUUUGGACAAAUUCUGAAAAUUGUCGACCCUGAAAGUGGCACUGAAUUAACCAGUGAUGACCAAGAAGGUGAAAUUUGGUUAAAAAGCCCAAGUGUUGCAAAGGGUUAUUGGAAAAAACCAGAGAUUACCCAAGAGAUCUUUCAUGCUCGUCUCAAUGGAAUUGAUAUUACUGAAAAUUCAUUUCUGAAAACUGGAGAUUUAGGAUUUGUAAAGAAUGGACAGCUGUUCAUUACUGGUCGCCGAAAGGAUUUGAUCAUUAUUAAUGGUCUCAACUAUUAUCCGCAAGAUAUUGAAUUUGUAGUGUCAGAGAGUCAUGAAAAAGUACGACGUGGAUGUGUGGUGAGUUUCUCAAUAGAAGUGAACGGAAACGAGAACUUUGUCGUUGUGGCAGAAACCAAAGCAACAGAGUCAACAGAGUUUGAUAACAUCAUUCAUGCAAUGAGGAAAGCCAUUGUUGAGAAUUUGGGUGUUUCCUUAUAUUGCGCUCUCGCUUGCAUCAUUCUCAUGAAACCACACGGUUUGCAAAAAACAACAAGUGGAAAAGUCAGACGUCAACCAACAAAAGGUGCUUUCCUCAAUAACAAACUGAACACAAAACAUAUUGUUCAUCGUUGGGAUAGGCAAUCGGAGACAGAAGAGGACACGGCCGCUCAAUUACCUCACACACCAACAGAAAUACAACUUGCCAAAGUCUGGAAGGAUGUCCUAAAUACAGGAACGGAGCCUUACUUGAAUAGUCAUUUCCUGCUCCAAGGAGGCAGUUCUAUUCAGCUCAUCCAACUUCAAACUCGAAUUCAGCAACAAUUUCACGUGAAUUUGAGCUUAUCAAAAUUGCUGACAUCACCCACCUUGCAAGCCAUGGCAAAAGUAAUUGAACAAGAAGAGAAGGAGAGCAUAGAAACCUCCUCAAUCAUUGCUAUGGCCAAGGAAAGACCAAUUACUAUUCCACUCUCCUAUUCUCAACAGAGAUUUUGGUUUUUACAUCACUUGAUUGCCGAUGCUGCCAUUCAUAAUGUGUUUUCUGCAGUUCGUAUGAAAGGAAAGCUCGACAUGCAAGCACUCACUCGCUCUUUGAUGACCAUCAUGGACCGCCACGAAAGUUUACGUUCUUGUUUUCCAGAGUAUGAUUCCUCACCUUAUCAAUUCGUUCACGAAAAGAGUAAUUUCACAUUGAGAGAAUAUAAUCUUCAGCAUUUUAUGGAAGAGACAAGUCGAGAAGAAGAAGCGAAUCGAAUCUUGUUAGCAGAGGUGAAGAAGCCAUUCACCUUACAAGAAGCACCUUUGGUUCGUGGAUGCUUGAUCCAAAUGUCUAAAGAGGAACACAUUCUUGCAUUGACAUUCCAUCAUAUUAUCAUCGAUGGAUGGUCCAUGUCUCUACUUAUCGAAGAUUUCACGCGUUGCUACAAUGCAUACAAGCAUCAUCAACAGCAACCUCUUUUGGCAGAUCGUAUACUGCAAUAUCCAGAAUAUACCAUUUGGCAACACGAAAAUUUACAACGAGAAGACAAGCUGGAGAAACAGUUAGCUUACUGGGAACAUCAACUCAAAGAUUUACCAAACACCCUUAAAUUACCAGCAGAGCAGGCCAAUGUGUUGUCGGGUGGAUGUUUUGAAGGUGCACAUUAUCGAUUCAAAAUUGAUGCUCCCAUGUUGACAGAAUUGAAAAUUCUGACACAAUCGCAACAUGCCACUCUCUUCAUGGGGUUAUUGGCUCUCUUCAAUGUCCUUCUAUUCCGCUACUGUGACGAGACCGACCUUGUCGUGGGUUCUCCAGUAGUGAAUCGACAACAACAUGUCGAGCUAGAAUCCAUGGUUGGUUUAAUGGUGAACACACUCGUGUUGAGAAAUCAAGUAGACCCCAAUGCUGGUUUUAUCGGUUUGCUGGCACGAGCAAAGCAAACAGUUCUUUCUGCUUUUGAGAAUCAAGAGGUUCCAUUCCAACAAGUGGUGGACCGCCUUAAAGUUCCACGUGACUCGAAUGAAAAUCCUCUAUUCCAAGUAAUGUUGGCUAUGCAUAGUCCUCUCAGAGAAGUUCGUUUGGAUGAGCUGUGUAUGGAACCAGUGUUCAUCGAUAAUGGAACUUCCAUGUUUCAUUUAACACUUGAAGUGCAAGAAAUGAUGGAUGGUGCUCUGGCUUGUUCUUUCGAAUAUCGUACCGAUCUGUUCAAUGCAAGUACCAUCGAACGAAUGGCCACCAAUUUUGUGGUGUUGUUGCAGUCGGCCAUUAAGGAACCACAACGCCCUAUUAAAGAAUUGCCACUGGUUGGUGAAGCAGAACGUCAUCAGCUCUUGGAGGUUUGGAAUGAAAGAAUAAGUCCUCCUAACAAAUUGUUGCAUCAAUUAGUAGAAGAGCAAGCGCGAAAAACUCCCAAUAACAUUGCCCUCCUUUUUGGAGAUCAAACGUGCACGUAUGAGGUUCUUAAUGCAAAGGCCAAUCAAUUGGCUUUGAGAUUGCGAGAAAUCUCCUUAAGUAACAACGGCGGCAAUAAUCCAUUCAUUGCCAUCAGUAUGGAAAGGAGCUUCGAGCUUCUUGUUGGUCUUUUAGCCAUCCUUAAAUCAGGACAUGCUUACUUACCUCUGGAUCCUACGUAUCCAGAAGAACGUUUACAAUACAUGCUUAUGGAUUCUCAAGCAGGCAUCUUGCUUACUCAUUCAUGCUUGAAUGAAAAGUUUAGUUCCUACCAAGGAAAUAGGGUAUUUGUUGACAAGUUGAGUGACGAUCUUUCUUUGGAAAAUGUCGAGUCCAAUGUGAACCCAGAUGAUCUUGCUUACCUUAUUUACACCUCUGGUUCCACUGGUAAGCCAAAGGGUGCCAUGCUCACUCAUCGCAAUGUCGUCAAUACGUUGACAGGUCUCGUACAACUCUAUGAAAUGCAGUCAACUGAUAAGUUCAUUCACUACAGUUCUUAUAGUUUUGAUGUCUCUUUGGAAGAACUGUUUCUUCCUUUGGUAACAGGAGCAACAGUGGUGAUUGCAAAGCCCAAUAUUCAGUAUCAACUGGAAGAUUUAGUGGAUUUGAUCUAUUCCUCAAAAGCCACUCUUUUCGGAAUUACACCAAGUUUGUGGCAUGGGCUGUCAUGCUAUGUGGACAAGAAACCUCACUCGAUGGAUUCUCUGAGAAUUAUCACGAUUGGAAAUGAACCAGUUGAUCCACGUUCUGUACAAGAAAUUCAAAACAAGUGCCCUAAUGCCACAGUAUUGAACGUGUGUGGAGGAACAGAAACAUGCAUUGAUUGGUCCCUGUUUAAAAUCCCUCGAAACUUCAAAGGAAAGGUUGUACCCAUUGGUCGUGCAUUACCUGGAGUGCAGUUGUACGUUCUCGAUUCGAGCAUGCAACCUGUUCCCAUUGGUGUACCAGGAGAGCUCUAUGUUGGUGGUCAUGGUGUGGGACGAGGUUAUUGGAGAAAUACUGAACUCACAGCGAAAAGUUUCAUUGAGAAUCCAUUCGCUACUGAAGAGGAGAGGAUGAAUGGCAUGAAUUUAAAGCUCUUCAAGACUGGUGAUUUGGUUCGUUUCUUACCUGAUGGAAAUCUUGUGUACUUGUCUCGAAUGGAUCAUCAAAUCAAAAUUCGAGGUUUCCGAGUCGAAUUAGGAGAAAUUGAGAAUGUCAUGAGACAAAGUGGAAUGAUUCAUGAAGCCGUAGUGAUCUUGAAUGAGGAUCCGAACUUUAGUCAAAAUAAGCAAUUAUUAGGUUAUAUUCUUUGUAAGGAAGGCGAGCAACGAGAUCGUUCCACAGUGAUACGCGAUUUGCUUGAAUAUUUGGAAAAGCAUUUGCCUUACUACAUGAUACCAUCUAAAAUCAAGUGCAUUCAAUACAUUCCCAUCACAAGUAAUGGAAAACUCGAUCGGAAAGGACUUCCAAUCAUUGAUGAUGACAACAAUAUUGACUCUCUGACCAAGUUUGAACCACCAGAAACUCAAGCUGAAAUCAAGUUGAGAGAAAUUUGGGCAAAAGUAUUGAAGACCAAAGCAGAAACUAUUAGUGCCCAUGAUAACUUUUUUGCUAUCGGAGGAAAUUCCAUCUUGAUGGCUCAAGUCAGGAGUCUCAUUAGUGAUGAAUUUGGAGUAUUGUUGGACCUGGCAACCUUUUUCAAAAAACGAACAUUGCAUUCUCUGGCAAACUUGAUUCAAUCCUCUUGUCCUGUUCAACAAUAA